AUGCUCAGGGAAUAUUGCAAAUGGUCGAGAGGAAAUGAAGAAAUUUUUGAAAUGAAUAUUACACAAUACGCAUUCAGUUAUAAAGAUGCUAAAAACUGGGGCAAAAAAUAUCACGAAUGUAAUGGACCAAAUCAAUCUCCAAUUAGUUUUGCGCCAUCAUCUGGCCCAGAAGGUUAUCCAGAAAUCAAAGAAGAAAUGAGACUUACAGACUUUAAUACAUCGCCAAAGAAAAUGAGCAUAAAGAAUACUGGUCACACUGUGGAAAUAAAAGCUGAUUGGAAUGGAAAACGUCCAAGCUGUACUGGCGGACCCCUUCACGGGAAUUACGUAUUUGAAAAAGCCACUUUUCAUUGGGCCAAAAAACCGACCGGAUUUCCGAAUACCAAACAUUGGCUUGAUGACUUUUCAGAAACCUUACACAAGAUUCGAUCUCCAAAUUCAACAGCAGAGAUAAAACCGUUUCCCUUAUUAAAUGAUUUCGAUAACGCCUAUACAUCAUUUCUAUUUUACGAAGGUUCUUUGGAUUAUCCCCCUUGCUCGGAAUCUGUAACUUGGUUCAUAGUUGAAUAUCCUAUUCAUGUAAUUGACAGCGUGCUAAAUGAAUUCAAGAAAAUAAAGUUGUCUGAGGGAGACGUGUCGAAUGUUAGACCUACCCAGCCGCUAAACAAGCGUGAACUUAAGUACGUUUAUAACCAUAAUAGGCACUAG